CAGGGGCCAAACUUCCUUCUUGCCCCCAGGAGCCCCAAAGAGUGUCUGAAGUGAUGAAUCAGCGGUUCUUCAUCUUCUCUAUGUUCAAACUCACCUUCAUCUUCAUCCUCUUCAUCACUGUCACUCAACAUCAUCAUCACUUUCAGCGUUUCUCAUCAUCCCUCCCUCACCGUCACCGUCACCGUCACCCACUCCCAUCAACAAAAUGGCUGUUGGAGGGGAAGCUUGUGCGCAUGCUCGGCGCACCUCUGGCAGGGAGGGCAGGGCAGGUAUCAGUGUGCAGCCCGCUGACUGACACACACUCCCGGCUCGGCUCAGGCUCCAGCAUGCGGCGGCAGGAGGCGAGAGGAGACACCGACUGAUCAGAGUCCCGCUGCCCCGCCGCUCUCUGCUCUCACCCGGCUGCUGCUCCGAGGAUCCUACCGGACACUUUGAGAGGAGUUCGUUUGAUUUUGAACCUGCACGAAGCGGAGCGCAGCGCGCGCAGAGACACCGCCCCGGACACAGGUGAGAGGGAACUUCACCCGCCUCCAGGUGCAUCGAUCGGGAUUUGCUCGCGGCUUUUACGCACAACUCUCCGGGAGAGGAAUGUCUCUCCGGGGGAAGCUGGGAAUCUGAGUCCGAGGAACUGGACUCACUGGACGCCGAGUUGUUCGUAUCUUCACCGUGUUCCCGCUCCGCUCAGCUCCAGGUGCUGACGAUGUUCCAGCACAGCAACAACAAGAAGUGCUUCACCAUAGAGUCUCUGGUCGGGAAGGAGGCGAACGGCCACAGCGGCGGCGGCUCCGGGGAUGAGCCCAUCCGGCCCACGGCGCUCCGGUUCCCGGAGUCCCUGCACCCGGCCGCCGCCGCCGCUGCCGGGGUCUUCGGCUCCUGCUUCCAGGGCAGCAGCGGGAGGACUUUGUACUCGGCCGGGCCGGACAUGGUGCUCCAGGAGCCCGGGACGCACACGCAGAGCUCCGGCGGGCUGCCGCUGCACCCGCUGCAGAUCCCCCCGCAGAGCUUCUUCAGCCCGCAGCACCGGGACGCGCUCAGCUUCUACCCCUGGGUGCUGCGGAGCCGGUACCUGGGACACCGCUUCCAAGGGGAGGACAGCAGUCCGGAGAACCUGCUGCUUCACGGCCCGUUCUCCAGGAAACCCAAACGGAUCCGGACGGCGUUCUCUCCGUCUCAGCUGCUGCGUCUGGAACGAGCCUUCGAGAAGAAUCACUACGUGGUCGGAGCCGAGAGGAAGCAGCUGGCCAGCGGGUUGUGUCUGACCGAGACGCAGGUGAAGGUGUGGUUUCAGAACCGCCGGACGAAGCACAAGCGCCAGAAGCUGGAGGAGGAGUCUCCUGAAGCUCAGCAGAAGAGGAAGGGCAGUCAACAUGUCAGCCGCUGGAGGGCGGCCACGCAGCAGGGCGCCGGGGAGGACGUGGACGUCAUCAGCGAGGACUAGACUGCAGCACGCACACACACACACACACUCACACACACACACACACACACACACACAGUCAAACACACACACACACACACCUCCAUAAAGUCGUAUCGGCUGAAGUAUCACACAAACAACCUGAAGGACUUUAAAGGUGCGUUCAGGCGCUGCUCCUCCUCUGUAAGGCUCAGACUCUGUGAACAGGACAGGCUAACGUGACUAUCGCGGCUAUCGCGGCUAAUGUGGCUAACGUGGCUAACGCGGCUAUCGCGGCUAACGUGGCUACGUGGCUAAUGAUGAACUGCAGCUCAGUGUUUAAACUCAGGUUGAUGAGUUUGUCGUCGUAAAGAUUUUCCAAAUUUUUUGCAGCAGAUUUGUAGUAACUCACUUUUAAUGUGUUUAAUGUGUGUAUUUAAAAAAAAAAAAAAGAUGAAAAACUGGAACAUAAAAAAAAAAAACAGAAGCAGCUUCAUGAAAACAGGUCACUGAGGUCACUGAGGUCACAGAGGUCACAGAGGACGCUGUUCAACAGGAAACAAUCA